AUGCUGCCGACACCUGUCUCAUACCACACCAAGCGCGACUCAAUCUCUCGAUCUAAGCGACCGCUACGAGACGUCCUGCUUGCUCGUGCCCGAGUCACCAAUCUCGGUCUCUGCAUCCUGAUAUGCAUCGCCUCGGUUUCUCUGCUCGUCAACCUCGGAUACUACUCCUCGUCUGGCCCGACGACGCACCUGAUAUCAAGCGAACUGCUGCCACAUCCCGAAAUCUCGACUGUCGAGCAUGAUAGUCAAUUGCUGUCACUAGAUCAUCUGGUUAUGGUCCCAGGUCACGCCAUCUGGAAAGGCUCGAAGCCUGGACGGGUAUUGGACGAAGAGAACUGGUUGUUGGAGCCUUACCAGGCUACUAAAGGUCGGUUAGAGGCCUUUUACAACCAUAUUGCCCGAGGUGUAGAGACCACGCUGGGAGAUGAGCAUGCGCUGCUGGUCUUCAGUGGGGGCCAAACAAAGAAGACCUCCACGACUACUGAAGCCGAGUCGUACCUCCGUCUCGCGCACGCUGCCAGCAUGCUGCCUGAAGAGCACUUCACUCGUGUAACCACAGAGGACGACGCCCUGGACUCGUACCAGAAUCUGCUCUUCUCUAUUGCACGGUUCCACGAAUACGCCGGCCGCUAUCCAUCGCGAAUCACCGUCGUCGGGUACGAGUUCAAGCGCAGACGCUUCACUGAGCUCCAUCGCGCGGCCUUGCGUUGGCCCGACGACAGGUUCCACUACAUCGGAAUAGAUGCCGAAGGCGAGGAUCUCACGACGGCGCAGACCGGCGAGGUCAGUCGUAGAGAGAACGGGUUCCUCCCAUAUGCACAGGACGUGUACGGCUGCCACGACUUUCUACUUGCGAAGCGUCGCUCGCGAAACGUCGCCAACCGCUUCCACUCAUACUUCACAUCGUCCCCAGAGCUCGCUGGCCUCUUCAACUGGUGUCCAGGUCCCGACGAAGGCGGCCAGACUGCCCUAUAUGCGGGACCUCUUCCGUGGGAUUACUUGCGCUAA